AUGCGGCUCCUCAACGUGAAGACUCUUGGCUUGUCCGAGUUUCGGAGAAACAAACCACGGCCGCCGUAUGCGAUCGCAUCUCAUCGCUGGAGCAAGCGGGAAACAAGCUAUGCAGAUGUGCGAGAUGAGAAAAACACUGACACGGCCGGAUAUCAGAAAGUCAGGGCUUUCGCCGACUACAUCAAGACAAAACUACCUACUAUCGAAUGGUUGUGGAUAGAUACAUGCUGUAUCAAUAAAGACAGUUCGCAGGAGCUUUCGUGGGCUAUCAAUUCGAUGUUCGAAUGGUAUCUCAAAGCAGACAUAUGCCUCGCGUAUCUAAAAGAUGUCGAGGUCGUUGAAGACAAUGCCAGCUUUCAGCGUAGUGAGUGGUUCGAGAGAGGCUGGACGUUGCAAGAACUGCUCGCGCCUCGCAUCGUUAUCUUCUUUUCAAAGACAUGGGAAGUCAUCGGAAACAAGGGAGGGUCGCUGUAUAGCUUCUCCAAAAUGGACAUCGGUCGAAAUCGGGACACCGAAAUCGCAGGUAUCACAGGGGUGCCUGAGGAUGUACUGCGAUGUUUUGAGAACAAUGCGAAACUUACAACGAGGGAUAAAUUUGCCUGGAUGGAGCAUCGAAGAACAACGGAAGAUGAAGACAAAUUUUAUGCCCUCUUUGGAAUCUUUAGUGUCCGCCCGGGCACGAAUUAUGGCGAGGGAGAGAAAGGAGCGAGAGAACGGCUCUUGGAAGCCAUACAUCGGAGCUAA